AUGAAUAGUUUUGAUGAAAUUUCGUCAUUUAAUAACAACUUAUUUACACAAACAAAUAUAAUUAUUCCAAUCCAUUUAAACAAACUUGUUAAAAUUGGAAGAGAUCAAUCGCAAUGCAAUCUAAUUCUUAGUGAUAGUCUAGUAUCACUGGUUCAUGGAUUGAUCUGGUCAAUUAAAUUCGAUUCUGACACCCCUUCAAAUGUGUACCUUUUAGAUAAGUCUAGAAAUGGAAUUUUUGUUAAUGAUAUAUUGGUUGGAAAGGGUAAAACAAUCAUGCUUAUGAAUAAUGAUUUCAUUGAAAUCAAGUUUGUAUUAGGAUUCAAAUAUAUUACCGAUAAGAAAUCAAUGAUUAAUCAAAAGGAACUUCUUAGAGAAUGGUCAAUUUCAGAUAAUUUACUUGGAUUUGGAUCGUUUGGUAAGGUUUAUACUGCUUUCAAUAAGUCAUCUAACAAGUACUAUGCAGUUAAAUUGAUUAAUAAAGAUUGUGAGUUUUAUAAAAAGGAAGCUCAAAUUUUAUUGAAGAUUAAUCAUAAUCACAUUAUUCAAGUCCAUGAAGCUCUUAUGUCAAAUAACUCACUCUACAUAUUUCAAGAUUUGAUUUGUGGUGGUGAUUUAUUCUCCUAUUUAGUUCAAGGAGAUAUAAUGAAAGGAGUACCAGAAGUAGAAGCUAUCCUUAUUAUAUUCCAAAUCCUUAAAGCUUUAGAUUAUCUCCACAACACAUUGAAUAUCAUUCAUCGUGAUUUAAAAUUAGAUAAUAUCUUAUUAGAAGCUCCAAUACCUUACACUCGUAUCUAUGUAUGUGAUUUUGGUAUUGCUAAGAAAUUAAACCAUAUUAGUCAAAGAUCAACCACCGUAGUAGGUACUGUCGAAUAUAGUGCUCCUGAAGUCUUCCCUAGCAUAUUUAGGAGAGAUGGUUACACAUACAAGUGUGAUAUGUGGUCGUUAGGUGUGAUGUGUCAUAUUUUAUUAUCAGGAGUAUCACCAUUUUAUUCCGAUACUGGUAGCAAAAAAAUGAUCGAAAAAGCUAGAAUUGGAUUAAUUAAUUAUGAGAUUGAUCAGUUUAAACUGGUAUCUGCAAGAGCUAAGAAUUUCAUCUCAGGAUUGAUUCAAUUAGAUGCCAAUCAAAGAUUAAGUGUUAAUGAUUGUUUCAAUCAUAAAUGGAUCUUGUUAAAUAAAGAUUUAUUAGAUCGUGCGUAUGAAGAAAAAGUGUUAGGAAAUAAAUAG